AUUUUUUAACAAUUUUCUUUUUAUGAAAACCGUUACUUUUUUCUUUAGAGACCCCCGUAGAUUUCCCCCUUUUAAAAAUUCUCCACACCUUAAACUCUCCACAAGUUUAAUUUAAAGCUUUCUUAUCGAUAGUUCUACGACAAAAUCUCCAAUCAGAACAGCUGUGCGUUAGACUUGCUUCUAAUUAGCAUAGGUAAACAGGUUUCUUUCACAAACUCAUAAACUGUGUUACUUAAUAAAAAGAUUCCAAUAUUCUUAUGGCUGCAGUUAGCCAUUUAGCCAGCAAAGGCGUAUAUUUGGCACAAUUAUAUAGGCCUUUUGGGUCCAACGGCUUAAUCCGCACCAUGGCAACAAAUCCGCAGCCCUUGCUGUAUUCCUAUUGGCCCAGUUCGUGUUCGUGGAGAGUUCGCAUAGCACUGGCAAUUAAGAAGAUAGAUUAUGAAAUUAAACCCACUUCUUUGGUAAAGACAGCCAGCGAACAUGCCUAUACGGAUGAGUACAAGGAAGUAAAUCCCAUGCAAAAGGUUCCUUCGUUGAAGAUUGAUGGUCAUACGUUGUGCGACUCGGUGGCCAUAAUGCAUUAUUUGGAUGAAACACGUCCUGAGCCUGCACUCCUGCCACAGGAUCCGAUAAAAAGGGCAAAAGUUCGGGAAAUCGUGGAGUCAAUUUGCUCUGGAGUUCAGCCUCUGCAGAAUAGUGCAGUCCUCGGUCAUAUUGGCAAGGAGAAGAGUUUGGAAUGGGCCCAACAUUGGAUUUCUCGAGGAUUUCAAGGUCUGGAGAAGAUCCUCUCCCAAUCGGCUGGAAAGUUCUGUGUGGGAGAUGAGCUUACGAUGGCCGAUAUUUGCCUGGUUCCGCAGGUUCGCAAUGCCAGGAGAUACAAGGCUGACCUGAGCUCAUAUCCAACCAUAGUUCGCUUGGAUGAAUACCUUCAAAAGCUGGAUGUUUUUCAAACCACUCAUCCCAGUAAGCAGCCUGACUGCCCACCAGAAUUUGCCAAAAAAUAAUUCU